AUGUCGUUCGGACUGAAGAACGUCGGUGUCACAUACCAGCAGCUCAUGAACAAGACGCUGAGGACAUACAGAGUCAAGCUAAAUCCCCAGAAGUGUUUGUUCGGAGCAAAGAGCGAUCGCUUUCUGGGGUACAUCGUUACCGAGCGGGGCAUAGAGGCGAAUCCCAGCAAAGUGAAAGCGCUGCAGGACAUGCCACCUCCCAGAAACUUGAGGCAAGUGCAACGCCUUACCGGUCGGAUAACGGCCUUGUCGCGGUUCAUCUCCAAAACGGUCGAUCGGAGCUUACCUUUCUUCAAGAUUCUGCGCCGAGCCACCAAAUUCCAGUGGGACAGAGAAUGUGACCAGGCGUUUGAGGAAUUAAAGGUUUAUCUAAACUCUUUGCCUGUAUUAGCUAAGCCCAACACCGGCGAGCCGCUCCGCAUCUACUUAUCCUCGACCGAGCAUACUGUAGGCUCGGCGUUAGUGCGACAGGACGGCGAAGAACAACUUGUGUAUUUUCUGAGUCACAUUCUAAAGGAUACUGAGUCCCGCUACACUGGUCUCGAAAAGCUUGCCUUCGCGCUAGUCCUCGCCGCUCGGAGACUUCAACCUUAUUUCCUCGCGCACAUGAUAAUUGUCAUGCCGAACAACCCUCUAGGGAGAUAUCAGCCCCACACGACAAUCAAGGCGCAAUCCUUAGCAGAUUUCGUCACCGAAGUGCAUAAUCCCGAGCCCGAAUCUUUAUGGAAAGUAUUUGUUGAUGGGUCCUCCACUCGGCUCGGGAGCGGUAUUGGUAUCUUAUUGAUUUCUCCCCAAGAAGAACGGGUGCAGCUGUCCGUCCGGUUGGAUUAUCGGGCAACCAAUAAUGAAGCAGAAUAUGAAGCCCUCAUUGCUGGAUUACAGGCUGCUCGGCAUGUAGGAGCAAGCCGAGUGAUGAUCUACUCAGAUUCUCAGCUUGCUGCUCAGCAACUCUCAGGAACUUUCGAGAUAAACAAUGCAAGACUCAAGCUCUACACGGAAGCCUUCGAAAAGCUCAAGGCCAACUUCAGCGAUGUGGUCAUACAAAAGAUCCCCCGAGCGGAGAACCAAGCGGCGGAUGAGUUGGCUAAGCUUGCAAGUUCGAUAUCUCCGAUCGUCAUACAACAAUCGAUUGAGCAAGUAUCAUUAGUGGCUCGCAUUGACAGGAUGGAGGGCCUCACGUUCCCGAGCAACUGGAGAACAGACAUAGUGGAAUUUUUGCGAUCGGGAGCUACGCCGUUCGAUCGAGAAGAGGCCCAGUUGCUAAGGAAGAGAGCGGGUCGGUUCACCCUCAUCGGGGAUCAGCUCUACAAGAAGGCGUUCUCCCGGCCGUUACUCAAGUGCGUCAACUCGGAGGACGCGGAGUAUAUACUAAAGGAAGUGCAUCAAGGAUCUUGCGGAGGUCAUCCGAGCAGUCGCUCGUUGGCGAGAAAGAUUCUACUGGCCGGCUGGGUGGACGAGCUCUCAGGCGUAUUAUGGGCGAUCCGCACAACCCCUAAGGAGGGAACGGGGGUCACACCUUUCCACUUGGUAUACGGAGGGGAGGUUGUCGUUCCCGUGGAGGUCGGAAUAGAAUCCGAUCGGGUGCAACAGUACGACGCGGAUAACGCCGGGCGGAGGCAGCUGGAGCUAAACUUGAUAGAUGAGGUGCAAGCCAAAGCAGCCGUCCGACUAUUGGCGUACCGGCAAAGGAUGAAGCAGAGUUACAACAGGCGAGUAAUUCCCAGAGCGUUCCAAGUCGACGACCUAGUAUGGAAGAAAGUAAAGUCGGUCGAUGACGAAUAA